CAUUUGAUAGGAUAGUCCGAAGGGAAUCAAACGUCAUGAAGCUACUUGUUUUGAUAUCUCUCUUUACCAUAUUCCACUACUCCACAGCAACAAUAGACAUCGCAGAACUAACAAAAACGGCAAAAGAAAAUUUGAACACCGCAAAAGAAAAUUUGCAAGCCUUGCACAAGACGGCAGCGUCAGAGCUCUCUAAAAUUGUGAUGGGGAUAAACCUAGAAAACGCCAAGAAGGUGGACAUAUUUCACGUAAUACCGAAGGUUACUUCAAAGGUUACUAAAUUGAAGAAUUUGCUAUCAGGAGAAAGCAAAAAGCCCAAAAAGGAACCGCUGAUCCUAGAUCCGCAUCAAGCCGAGAGGUUAAGCCAUUACUUUGACCACAGUAAACACCGCAUCAUCAUUCAUCAUCAUCAUGAUUAG